AGGAAGGAGGGGGAGGGGGGGGUCCAGGGGGCAUUUUGGGGGAUGUAUAAAAGGACCUGUCAAUCGGUGUCUGGAGUCAGUCUGUCACGCACCUCCACCUCCACCACCACCACCACCUCCUCCACCUCCGCAGCCACCACCAUGAAGGUAUUGAAGGGUCGCGUUGUGGCCCUCCUCGUGGCCCUCACACUGGCAUCCUCAACCCUGGCCCUUCCUGACGCUAUCCCGGAGGCUGUUGCGGAGGCUGACCCUGUGGCACUCCCGGACGCCGACCCUGAUGCCGAACCUCACGCCGACGCCGAACCAGACGCAGAACCUAAGGCUAAGUCCAGUCCCUCGCCCUUAUCGGACCCUGAAGGACGCUUAGAGCCCGAAAAGCCGAUUGUUAACACGAAGAUCGACUCCGACUCCUCACAGUUCUUUGGUUACGAGCCGAGUACGAAUACAGAGCCGGUCAUAGCGCCUCUUGCCCGCGCCCACAAGCCCCCAAGUCCAAAGCCAACCAGACAAGGGCCGUUCAGGAUUCGCAAACGGCUUGGUCUGGCGAGGGAACAGAGUAGGGAGAGGAUCAGGGCGAGGAACCGACGAAGGAACAACGGGGAUGCUAGCAGAGUCGAAGUCAUCAAAAGACUUCCGGUGACCUUCGGCAAAAGAGUCACGCUGAGAGAUUCCAUUGACGACGCGGCCAUCUUGCGUCCACAGCCGUCUCCUAUCCAGCCGGAGGGACCUGAGGAGCUUGGGAUCAAGCCGGUGUUUCAGCCUCUCACCCAAGGACUGUUUAAGCCCACACCGAGUCCUUUAGCGCUCAAGUCCUCCUCUCCUUUCCCUCUCACGCCCAGCCCACUUGCUUUUGAGGACACGUCGCCGUCGCCUCCUGGGAACUUGCAUGUGACAAGGCUUCGUCCGAUUCUGGCCAGGAGGAAUCUUCAGACCCCGAAGCCGAGUGUGUUCAACGCCCCGAGCUUUGGAAGCGACGCCUUUGAGAACCGAGGACUUGGUCCCUUCAAUGGGCCAAGAUUCACGACUUCGAGACCUUUUGGAAGUGAUGGCCAUAGUGUUUUCAAUGCCCCAAGAGUGACGACUUCGAGACCUUUUGGAAGUGACGGACAUAGUGUUUUCAAUGCCCCAAGAGUGACGACCUCGAGACCUUUUGGCGAUGACGGACACAACGUAUUCAACGGCCAAAGAGACACGACUUCGAGGCCCUUUAUAGAUGACGGCCAUAGUGUUUUCAACGGCCCAAGAAUCACGACUUCGAGGCCUUUUGGAGAUGAGGGUCAAAGUGCUUUCAAUGACCCAAUAUUCACUACUUCGAGGCCCUUUAUAGAUGAGGGUCAGAGUGCUUUCAAUGGCCCAAGAGUAACGACUUCAAGACCCUUUAUAGAUGAUGACCAAAGCAUCUUCAUUAACCAAGGAUUCACUAACUUUGGAAAUGAGGGUCAAAGUGUCUUCAAUACCCCAAGAGUAACGCCUUCAAGACCUUUUAUAGAUGAUGACCAAAGCAUCUUCAUUAACCAAGGAUUCACUAACUCUUUCAACCACCCAGGAACGAGUGUCUUCAACGACCCAAGGUUUACUAACACAUUUGAAGACACACGUUCAGAUCCCUUCAACACCUUCCCGAGUUUCACAACCAAGUCUUCAGGCCAGAGUCACACCUUCCCGCCCUCAUCUUUAGACUUUUCCUCGCCUGAUCCACACCAAAGCUUCCCUCAGUUGAAUCCACACUUCCAGAAUGAGGUACAGCGCUUCCCUGAUCGUCACGCCACUCAGAUCUUCCCGUCUGACCCACACAACAGUCAGCGUCAGCCUAGCAUCUUCAGCCUUUCCCCCACGCAUCGGUUCUCCUUCUCGCCUCAUGAUGCCCACCGUGACAUCCCACACCCACCUCAGGCUAACAGUGUCUUUUCAUCGGUACCAAAAGACCAGUUCCAGCCGAGACCUUUUGGGCAUUCAACGUUCAACACGGCAAUCCAUCGACCUAUCAGGCUACCAGUUCACCAGUCAGUCCAGUCAACCGUACGGCCACCAGUGCAUUCAACAGUCCACCCGCAUUUCCAGUCCACAACUCACCCGCCCUUCCAGUCCACAGUUCACGAGGCAUUCCUUCCAACCAUCCCUCCACCAGUUCACUCGACACCCCAACCAGUCAUAAAGUCCACGGUUCAGGAGGAGGUGCACCCGGUUAUCACCACGACAGUCAGCCCUCUAGCUCAUGCAGUCCACUCAAGUCACUCAGUCACUCCUGCCCCUCCACUGCUUCCUGGCCUGCCCAAGUCGAUAGUACAGCCUGCACGAGUCCCUGGCUCCUACAUCCUGCCCGACGCCCACUACAAACCAACGCCGCAGAAGGUACAAACGGCUUCACCACCACCACCACCACCACGGCCCCUCCCAGUGCGCAGACGCCGCCCAACCGUGACCAGACACCAACCACCACUACCACCAACCAUACUCACCAGUCCACCCAUACCCACGGUCCCAGUAACCGCCCCUGAGGUACCCCACGGCAUCGGACGCUAUGAUUUGGACUGGGCGGUGCGCGAUGACCACUACGGGACCCACUUCAACCAGCAGGAAACCAGGCGGGAGGGAGUCACUCGAGGGUCCUAUUCGGUUCUGCUACCCGACGGCCGCUUGCAGACUGUCAACUACUACGUGGAUUCGAAGUCAGGUUACGUGGCGGAGGUGACGUACUCGAACCCAGGUGAUAAAGGGUAUGGAGGUGGUGUGAAUUAGGUAAAUGGUGUUGGUAGUGGUGUUAGUGGUGGUGGUGGUUUGUUAGUGAAGGGUUAAGGGAGGAUAGGAAGGGACUAGGACAUGACAGCUAAUGGUUUGAGAUAUUCUGAAGAAGGUUUUACGAAUAUGAAGUUGGACUCGAGAAGGAGAAGAGAUGAAGAAAUUAAAACCGACAGGAAACCAAGUAAGGAGAUGGGAUUAGAAUCUUUACCAGGGCAGAAUGGAACACACUAACACCAGACAGAGAAAGAGGGAGAUGAAAUAAUAAAGAAUAAACAGAGAAAUAGAUAGAGAAAUUAAGUUACAAGGGGCAGAAAGAUAACCAGGUGGAGAGAUGGGAUUAGAACCUUUACUGGAGCAGAAUGGAACACACUAACACCAGACAGAGAAAGAGGGAGAUGAAAUAAUAAAGAAUAAACAGAGAAAUAGAUAGAGAAAUUAAGUUACAAGGGGCAGAGAGAUAACCAAGUGGAGAGAUGGGAUUAGAACCUUUACCGGGGCAGGAUGGAGUACACUAACACCAGACAGAGAGAGAGAGACAAAGGGAAAGAUGGAGUACGCUAGGAAAAAGCUUUGACCUGAAGUUUACUAAUGAAAGCUAAUGGUGAAGUUGAUAAUGAUUAAUGAAGUUGUAAAUAUAUAUGUGCGUGUUGUGAUGUCAGUAUUUUCGAGGUCUUUCAUGUAUGUUAGGUGAUGUAAGUAAUUAUGUAUGUAUGUAUGUAUGUAUGUAAUGUGAUAUAUAUAUAGUAAAGUGAAUGUUGCAAUAUGUGUGUGUCUAUGUAUAGUGACUUUCAAGCGGUUAUUAUUAUU